AAUGCAUCAUACAGAGAUAAUAUCAGCGAACGCUUGAGAUCAGAAGAUUUUGAUGUUGAAGUAUUUAAUUCGCUAACAUUCAGACAAGGAGAUGGCGUUGUGACAAUAAAGACGCCUUUUGAAGAAAAAGGAAAGGAUCUUUGGGUGCUAAGUCAUUAUAAGGUUACUAACAUCGAGAAUGUACCAGUAAAGGACAGAUGGAAGUUCAGUGAAGCUACUGUUAGAUUGUACACGACCGACGAAUCAAAAGAUCAAACACUUCAUACUGGUCUUAAUGAGACAAUGCAAAUUAUAUUUGAUAAAUUACUAACCGAUCCAAAGCGUCAAACUAUUAAAAGCAAGACGGUUGUUUGA